AUGAAAAAGCUACCAGCAUUCAAUGAGCUGCCUAGUCUUAUCGGUGCACAUAAGAAGCGUAUAGGCGAACUCGACCUGCAAAUAGCCGACGUCAAAGACUUCAACGAUCAAGUUUCUCAACAAGAGACGGCCAAAGUGGAAAAGGAGUUUAUCAAGUGGAAAAAGCUGUACAAGAAGCGCAUGAGGAAGUACAGUGACGUCCGCGAUGCCCUCUGCGGUGAAGAAGCCACCAAGGAAGACGUAACCAAGAUGGACGAAGAGCUGGGCUUGGAUGAGCUUGACGAUGACUGCAAGAUGCUGCUGGCGUUGAUGUGA